AUGUCGAAGUCAAACAGGCGUCGAGUUGAGCAUACACGAACGUUUACGGGGUGUCGAACUUGCCGAAGUCGUCAUGCCAAGUGCGAUGAGGGGAGACCGGAGUGUGCAGCUUGCCGGCGCAAUGGGAUCAACUGCGCUGGCUAUACCGCUCGUCUUACCUGGAUCGAAGAUAGCGAUGCCUCUGGAGAAGCAAACCAGCGCGGCCCCGAAGUGCCUGAAUACCGGUAUACCUUAUUUUCAGACUCUGAACGUGAGAUCAUGAGCAGCCAGCUCACAAAUAGCCUUGGCCCAAAAGCAGCCGGGAAAGUGCUAGCCGAAAUUGACACGGUGUACAAAACAUCUGAGUCUGAGAAGGCUUUUAGCAUCUCGAAAGGACCUUUUGGGGCGUUCAAGUCUGUAAAACGCAGAGAAGUCCCACUAACCCAGCUUUCACCGUCGCCUACUUUGUCAGAGCAUGAUACUAGCCUUCUUUUAGAUCCUGAACAUGCCUCAAUGCCUGACCUUCAGUCAGACUUCUCUGUUGACAUAUUGCCAAUGAGUUGGCCGGAGCAUGUAGAAGACACUACUUGCGGGGAAGACGGAGAUAUCAUUGUACCUGUCACCAAUGCUGUCGAGACAGACAAUAAGUUGGCCACCCCCCAUGCUGAUGCCGCCACUGUCGUGACGAUACCACCUGCAUCAUCAUGCCUCGGAGCUUCUACUUCACUCUCAAAGGUACCUGAACAGGCACAGGCACUUCUGCGCUACUACACGAGCCAUGUUGGAUCUACCAAAACUUCUGGACAAGGGAAAUUCAAAUCAGCGUGGCAACUACUAUUCCUUCUAUGUGCCUUCGAGACGUUUGCGGAGUUUCGGCUGACGAUUCUAUGCGCAUUAUUUGCUCAUAGCGCCUUCCAACUCCACAAAACGGAUUUAACCCCGCGUUCCCCGGAUUACUGGCAACAUCUGGGCAAUAAACACCAAGAACGAGCUCGAAUGCAUCUGAAGAAUGCUGUGAAGAUAGAUAUCCACGAUUCUGGGCUAGGCGGAUACAAAGACUUAUUGAUGGCUUUGAUCGCAAUGGCCAUGGGAUCUUGUCAUGAAAGCCGUGACUCACGUGUCUUCCUGCUGGAUGCCGAACGGUUGAUACGAGUGAAAGGGCUUGCUAGCCACAACUCUGAGAUAGUCAGAGUCCUUCAUCACACUUAUACCUAUAUUAGGGUCAUUGCAGAGGCUACUUACCCCUUCUGGGAUUCUGAAAGUGAAUCCGAUCGCACAAGCCUGUUGGAAUUCGAAGCAAUUGCAUCCAAUAGUUUUCAUAUUCGCGAGGAGUCCCUUAACACAGGACUAGAUCCCAACGAAGAAAAGAGCAAGACAGUCGGGUAUGCAGACAUACACCUUGAGUCACAAGGUCUUUGGCGGGAAACAUUACAUUCGAACAUACACGGCAUCCCUGAGUCUCUCAUGACGCUGCUUGCUCAGACAAUUCAACUCAGCAACGAAAAAGAUCACCUCGAAACUCGCGCACGAAGUAAUCCAAAGCUUGCUAGUGACUUCAAAACGCACUCCAUCGAUAAUGAGGGGAACUUAAUCACCCAACCUUCUACACAGUCAAUGGUACAAGCUAUGCAUCGAGCGUUGAUCAUCUACUUCCAUCGCCAGAUACAUGACGUCAGCGCCAUGCUCCUUCAAUACGUCAUCCAUCAAGCUUUGGGUCACUUGGAGUCUUGCCUUGAUUCAAUGGUCAGAGGCGAUGACUUUGCGCUUGGCAUAAUGUGGACAGUCUAUAUAUGCGCCAGGAAAUCCAUAUCUCCAGAACUUCAGGAGAGAGCACUGAAGUGCAUUAGUAUCACUGAUGCCCGAGGUCUGCACCUCACUUCAAAGCCUUCUGCUGAGGCGGUUUCAUUGCUAUGA